GUGAAAGAAAGCAAAUAGCCACGUGUAUUUUUCUUGUUCUUAAGUUGGUGUAUGCGUGUGUGGGUGCAGGCAGAACACGCUGUUUGAUCGCACCUCGUUGUUCUCGCGGUGUGCAGCGCUGCGACUUGACAGGACCUUCCCCAGACAAGUGGCGAGACGGCAGAACCCCGUUUUGGUGUUCGUUCUUCAGGCGUUUCCCAGAGCCGACGCACAUACAAGGAAGUACAUUAGCCGUUGAAAGUGGUGUCUUCGUGUUUAUUCCGCCUUCUCAUUAAACGUACUCACAUUAUAGAUCAUUGGAUAGACACAGAUAUAUCUAUCUAUCUAUCUAUCUAUAUAUAUAUAUAUAUAUAUAUAUAGAUAUAUAUAUAUUUCUUUGCUAGCUCGCUUGUCUGUGUAUGUACCGCACGAACACACACACACACACACACACACGUAGACGUUGUCUGGCUGCUUGCUUAUCUUGUUGUUGACUUCGAGGCAGUUUUGACGCUUAGUACACGGUUUUCCUUUUCACAGCGAAGCCGCUCAGCUGCAUAAACAUACACAUUCACCCAUCUGCUCGUUCUCGUUGCUUUAUUCUGUUGUUGUUGUCGCCGUCUCGCCAUCUCUCGUGUGCGGCUUGUGUGUGCGUCAGUAAUAUCUGGUCGUCAUGAAUGGCAGCUUUAACGCACACGUCGGGGGCAGUGCGGGGCAGGGGACGCCACCGAUGGGCUACAGUGCGAGCGCGAGUCCCAACGCGAACAUGAGCAACAGCAGCAGCGGCAGCGGCGGCGUACGUUUUCCAUUGAACUCGGCGAUCUCGGCUCGACCGACGAGCGAAUCCGAGCUGACGAACGAUGCGCUUGCCCAUCUCAGCGAAUUAGCCACGGCGGCGCUGACGUCCCCAGAUAAAGAAACCCGCGACGGCGCGGCGCAGCAGCUCCUCUUCCUGAGCAGCUACGAGUACUGGGACACGCUGCGCACGCUGCUACCACGCGCACAGAACAACUAUCUGCGCUUCAUCAUCGUCAAGGCGAUUCUCUUUCUGGUGAGCAACGAACUCGGACCGCAGGAACGCACGGAGGUGCAGCAGUACGUGCUCGAGUACAUCCAAGAGCGGCGCCGCAGCGGCGAGGAGCUGCCUUUUUAUCUGCGCAACGCGCUCUUCUCUGUCUUUGCGUCCGCGCUGUUCGGCAACUGGAAAAUUGCGAUCAUCCGCGCCGAGUCCGCGGAGCAGAUGAACUCCACCGAGAUGGCCGAAGAGAUCUUCGCGAAGCUGCGAAGUUACCUGACCACCGACGAGACGCUCGACUGUGUGAUGGAGAUACUUACCUUCUUCGCGCGGCAGAACUCGAAGCACUCCAUCCUCUCCGUCAAAGGAAGCUUUGCGAAGCAGGUCCUCCCCUUCUUCUUCAGCGCGGCGGCGGAUAUGCUGUCCGUCUCGCCGGCGAAGGCCGCCGUGGUCUGCAGCACCGCCUUGGAGUGCGCCCCGGAGCUGGAGGCGCCGCUCAUUCGCAUUUACCACCCGUCCGAGGCCUCCAUCACGGUGCUGCGGUGGCCGGCGUGGGCCCCGGCGCUGUCCAGUGCGAUGAACCAGUGCGGACAGGCACUGCUGGAGCAGCCGGACGGCCCGUACGCGGCGGUGCUCGCGCGGCUGCUGCGGCAGUGCUCAACGGUCACGAGUCCGCAAGAGGAGUACAUCGCCUCACGAGAUGAGGUGGCGAGUGUGUUGCUCGACGUCUCGCAGCGUCUGCUGCUCAAGGUGCAGGAAAAUCCAUCGCGGACGGAGCUGCUGCGGCUGUCGUGCGCGCUGCUCGUCAACACCUUCGAGCGCAACGACGAGGCGACCGUGGAGUUCCUAGCGCGCCGCCCCGAGCUGAUACGCGUGUGGGCGGACGCGACGCGAUACAUUCUCGACCAACCCUUUAGCGAGGAGGAGGCAGAUCUGUACCAGGCGCUGCUGCACCUCUUUUUCCUGAUUGCGGAGCGACUGCUUCCACCGAAGCCGCGCCUGCGCAACGCCCUGGAAGAGCCGAUGGAGAGCUUCUACGGCGCGUCUACGCCGCCGAGAAGCGCAAGUCGGGAGCGGGUCGAAGAGCGCCACUCACAGUUGCAGUCACCCAUGUCGGGGCCCCGCGGACCCUUGCCGAGCGACCGCGCGCGUGAGGUGGAGCAGCAGGUGGUGGAGGUCUUCAGCGUGUACAUGGACUUGAUUAUUGACACCGCCCACCAACGCGAGGACUCGCAGGAGCUGCGCAGCGGCGCCACCUUUGUCCUGCAGACGGAACGCAUGUUGCAGCCCAUCGCGGAGGUGCUCUUCUGCGAACGGGUGGACCUCCUCCCACAGCUGGUCGAGCGGCUCCACCAGACGAUGCACCAGUACGAGUUGUGCGUGCGGGCACGUCGUGAGCAGGCGGCGGAGCAGGGCAACAUGGGCAACAAUAGUAAUAAUAGUAGCAAGAGCAGCAGCGGCGGUGCGGGUGUGGGUAACGUGCCGGGCUACAGCGCCGCGACGCAGUCCCUGCUGCAGGAGCUGUACAUUACUAUGGCGAUGUACAGCAUGAACAUGGGCAGCGGCCUGUCCGCCAUGGAUGCAACGACCACCCCGCUCUUCUUCACCCACGUCUGUCUCUCACGGCUCUCCGUGAUUGUGUCUAUUUUUGGUAUUGCGCUGCUGCAGGGCACGGCCAGCCGCGAUGACACCGUCCUCAGCUCCAUCGCAAGCUUUGCGCGUCAGCUGCUCGGGCAGGAGGAUCAGGUCACGGAAGAUCUCCUGUUGUGUCUGUCGCUGUUCGACGACCCAGCGGAAGGGGAUGCCGGGGGUGCUGCUGCUGGUGGUGGUGGUGACGUUUUUGGCAGCUCGGCCGGCGUGCCGGCCGGUCCCUCGACGGUGCCGGGCGGCAGCAGCGGCGGCAGCGGCAACGCGCAAAUUCACAUUGGCAUUCUCCGCGCCCUCUUCUUCUUCUGCGGUUGCGUCUACGAGACGAAUUUGUCGCGCAACGAGGACUUUUACGAGAUCACGGUGAACCUGCUGUGCUACGUCUAUCGCUACCACAGCGACCAGGUGGCGCUGGUGGCAGACGCGAACAUGCUGCUGAACCGCAUCGUUGACUACGGCUCCAGCGGGACCUAUUUUCUCGGCGCGGACAAGUUGAUGGGCUUGGUGGACGUGGUGAAGGAGGGCCAGCUACCGCUGCUGCAGACGCAUGGCCCGGCCGGUGCUGCCGGCUUGACGAGCGAGGCCCUCGAGGCCCGACAUGGCUUUCUCACCGCCUUCACCUUUUACGCGGAGACGCGCUACUACGCCGGUUUCCCCAUCGCGGAUGUGGUGAACACCAUCACAGAACGUUGCUUCCGGGAUGACCGCAUGCAGGUGCAUCCCCGGCUCGCCUUUCAGGAUUUGAUGGCGAUUACAAAGGGUAUUCAUCAGCCCGAUACGCUGCUGGUGAUGCUAGAGGCGCUGCUCCGCCACAAGGACGUCUGCUCGGCCGUCGUGCGCUACGAGGUGCGGGCGGCGCCGGACAUGAUAGCGUGGCUCUCCGUGCUGUGCAGCCGCAGCCGUCAGUACCUGGAGGAUCAAAACCUAAGCACCACCUCGUGGGAGCUGACGAGCGUGGGGAUGAAUGUGCUGUGCCUCUUUUUUAGCUUCCUAUCGUACCCGACGUCUGGUUCGCCACCACCGGGCCAGGUUGCCGCCGCUGUUGCGAGUUUCAACGGCCAGUUUGGGGGAGGGGGCGGGGAUGCGAGGUGCUGCACCGACCCACCUGUCGUUGGGGGCAGCAGCGGCGGUGACGGCUGUGGUGCGUCCUCCUUUUUCAACUUCCCCACGGAUGCGGUGGAUGCGUCGGUGGUGUACGACGUUGCGGACAUCCUGCACACCUUCUGCACCGCGCCGUGGGCCAACCUGGGCAUCGUGCUCUUCUACGAACGCACCACGUUGGAGCACUUCUUCUGUGGUGCGGUGGAGCUGCUGACGACGACGUCCGUGCAGUACUUAAUGGCGGAUGAGGGCCGCGCGCGGAUCUUCGACGCGAUGGCCGCCGCGGUGAAUUCGACCGGCGACACCUUUCAGCAGCUGCACGUCCUCUUCAUGCGGCAGGGUGUGUGGAACCGCCUGGUGCGUCUCGUGACGAGGUGUCUGAACUACGCCUACGCAGCGGAGUUGGUGUACUUACUGCACUCCAUCCUGCGCAGCGACCACGAGGCGCGGCAACGCAUCCCGGAGUACCAAGGGCUCGGCGGCUACACCUUAGCGGCGACCUUUAAUGAAAUUUGCACGUUGAUUGCCGUGGCGCCGCACCUGACGUACCGUGAGAUGACGGGGUGCUUCGACAUUCUUCAGAUGUGCUACGACGGUGCGCCGAUUUUGUGUGGGGAGUGCGCGGAUAAGCUGCUGGAUUUCUGCUCUGCCUACCAUCGGGUGCGACUGCGCCUCAUCAUCAACUCUCUGCGGCGCGGUGAUGGCGAGCAUCUCAUGACGCAGUACAUGACGUACUUCGGGCAGUCCUCUGUCGUGCCGGUGCUGAGUGCGUGGUAA